CCAAUUUCAAAUUGGAAAACGUUGUCUUCUAUUCGGGUCCUUCAUGCAUUGUAGCCGUAACACUUUAGGACCCAUUCGAACCACCACGUUGGAAUGUUUACAGCUAAACCUGCGCUUCAUUCUAGACAUGCGUUUGGGUAUUGGCCCGAUAAAAAUACUUGUUGACAAAGCAAUACAUUAAAUCCAUUAAACGUGUAGAAUAAGGCAUAAUACCUAACAGAAAGCUUUCGUUGGAAAAGUGAAAACAUCCUGUAAUACGUUUCUCAGUCAUUCAGGAUUAAGUCUAGUCACCCCCACUGUGUUCAGCUAGCUAACUAGCUAACAUAACUUUUGGUUGCGCUGGAAAAUAUGAACCAGGUAGCUAUGACAUCCUCUACAGCAGUCCCUGUGAUUGAUGUUCAGAAUGAUAAUUUCAAAGAACUGUGGCCUGCUAUGGUCCUUGCUUUCAAGACUGCUUCCUUUAUCGCUUUGGAUACGGAACUGAGUGGCCUUGGAAGCAGAAAAGCUUUGCUGGCAGAGUGUAUUGAAGACCGUUACAAAGCCAUAUGUAAUGCAGCUCGGACCCGCUCCAUUCUCUCCCUUGGUUUGGCUUGUUACAAGAAACUUGAAAACAAGGACGAUACUUACCUCGUGCAAGUAUACAACCUGACGUUACUCUGCAGUGAGGAGUACGUGAUUGAGCCCCAGUCCGUGCAGUUCCUGGUGCAACAUGGGUUUGACUUCAACAAGCAAUAUGCGGAAGGUGUCCCUUAUCUCAAGGGCAAUGACAAGGGUUCGGACGCUCAUGGAAUAAACAUGCGCAUGCUGUUUGUGGAACUCCUGCGGGCACGCAAGCCUUUAGUUCUGCACAAUGGCUUGAUCGACAUGGUGUUUCUGUAUCAGUGCUUCUAUGCCCAUUUGCCAGAUAAACUAGGCACUUUUACUGCUGACCUGUCCCAGAUGUUCCCAGCAGGGAUCUAUGACACUAAGUAUGCUACAGAGUAUGAGCUGCGCUUUGCUGCCUCCUACCUGGAGUACGCCUACAAGAAGUGCAAAUUGGACAACAGCAAGUCGAUCGAGGCUAGUGACAGUGAACGCCAUCUGUUCCUGGAAUUCUGCAAGUAUUCAGGCCAUCUGUCCAGCUAUGUGGACUACCGGCCCUGUCUGGCUGGGUCCAUCCCAGAAGGACCACUCAAUGUCUGCCAGAGUUUCUCGGCUUAUGGUUGGUGCCCUAAUGGGUCACAGUGUCCCUUGUCACAUGACACUGACCUCAUCAUCCAGUAUGAUGAAAAAAAUGAGGAAAAGAAAAAGAAACGGAAGAGGAAAAGAAAGAACUCCUCUCAGGGUAAAGUUGACUCUGAAGGUGCCCCAGACAACAAGCAGCGUCAUAUGGAGCUGGAGCAAAGCCAGGACCAGUUGAUACCUGACACAGAGACCAAGCCUCCCGAUGUCACCGAGCUGGUAGAUGGGACUCAGGCACAGGUCUCAGGGAGCGAGGGGAUAACGAAGGCGGAGAACAUGGAGGCUGAAGAAAACACUAUCUCAGAACCACAAACUGUGUCGGCAGAGGUGGAAAGGAAGACAGACAAAGACCCAGGGCAAGGAAAUGGAGUGUUAGAGCAACAGCAUCAGGCCACAACAGAGUCAGAUAAGAACGAGUCUAAAAGAAAGAAGCUGGAGGGUGGUACCCACCGGGCAGGGUUUGAUGCAUUCAUGACCGGGUACAUCUUCUCCUACGCAGCCACACUGACUGAGAAGUUAGGUGGGCCACAGAGCUCUGAGUCCUGGCUCCCGGAGUGCCUGAACAAAGUUUAUCUAAGUGGCAAGUCUGUACCGCUGCAUAUUGUUAAGAGCACCUUCUCUAAGUCCUCCAAGGCUCACCUUCACAAAAUGCAAUCUGUAUGGGGUAAGACGUUCUCCAGUAGUGCAGCCACCAAAGUAGAAGUGGUGUAAACAUUCAAUGGGGCCUGAGUGCAUUCUUAAGUAAAUUAAGCCUUUUUGUUAAAUGUGCUCUAUUGAUUAGAUUCAUUUGAAUGUUUGUAUAGUAUUGUUUCAAUGAAAAUACUUCCUCGUAAGACAAACAUGGUCGAUUGUGUCUGGAAUAAAAAGCAUUUAUUUUGCUAGGAAAUGUUAAAAGCCAAAAGUGUCAUACAUUGAAAUAAGCAUUAGGAGAAAAUGUUAAAUAUUUAUUUAAAAGGGACUGGGGGAUACAUUAUAUGUUCUUAUCAACCAUGUUAAAAAGGUGAAAUGUAAUCCAGAUUUGGGAAAAUGUAAACAUUGUCAAAUCCAAACACUGAUUUGAAGUUGAAAUACAUUGUUUAAUAGCAAUACAUUUCCACAGAACAGCUCAAACUGCGGUCAAAGUACAUAGAAUUAAAAAUACAGAGAAAGUUACGUAACUUCGGCAAACAUCUGAAUAUUUAUCAGGCUGCAUCGACAAAUAAAUUUAGUUCUGUAGGGACAUAAAGACAGAUCUUCCUUUAGAAAAUGAUCCAGAUGGAGUUCCAUUAAUUGCAUAGAAAUGUAGUGACAGGGAAGGUUAACUCAUUACAUGUUUUCCUUUCAAGUGCAAUUUACUAAUCAAAUGACUGGAGUAUUUUAGUAGACCACAACUGGUGCCAAGCCAGUCAUAAACUAAAGUGUCAGUGAAAUAACUAGAUCCAACCUGGUCAACUAGUAAAAGAUUUUCCCCAUCAUAUUCAACACAGCUGCUCUGCCAACUUGGUAGGUGCAAGAAAAAGGUACAUUUAACAUAAGCCUGAUGGAUCCCAUUCCAAAACCACACAAUCAAGCUAUGAUGACAAGGAUUUCAUUGCAGUGUUUCAGACAGUCAUCAUUCUCGUUAAAGUAAUUAUGUAUGACAGAACAGCAGAUAUAAUGAAGUAGCAAAAAGAUUUGAUGAAACUAUGUAAUCUAUAUUUCUAUAAACAGUGUCAUCUCUAAGACCUGAAAGAAUUGGGCAAACGGAUCACAUUUCUGUCUGGUGGAGGUGUGUACAUUUAACCACAAUGUAUGUAGUUUGUUUUACUUUUAAGUCUGUCAAAUAAAAUGUCGAGUCAUGAGA